AGAUAAAGCAUUUCCUUCCAUUGUCAUCCUACCCGGCCGGCCGGGCUGCCAGGGCCCUCCCCCUCCCGGCCCCCUCCCUUCCUCUCGCCGUCUCACAGUCGCUCUGCAGCCUCCGGCGACUGGGGGGAUGUGAGGCCGGCGCCCCAGCCCCCCGUCCCGCCAUGAGCCCCCCGCUCUGAGGGCCCCGGCCCCUGGAUGCACAGCCCCAGCGCCGGCUGCCCCUUGCCCCGUGCAGACACGCCAGGCCCUCAGCCCCAGCCCAUGGACCUGCGGGUAGGUCAGCGGCCCACAGUGGAGCCCCCACCAGAGCCCACGCUGCUGGCCCUGCAGCGUCCCCAGCGCCUGCACAGCCACCACCUCUUCCUGGCAGGCCUACAGCAGCAGCACUCGGCAGAGCCCAUGAGGCUCUCCAUGGACACGCCGAUGCCCGAGUUGCAGGGUGGGCAGCAGGAGCAAGAGCUUCGGCAGCUUCUCAAUAAGGACAAAAGCAAGCGAAGUGCCGUAGCCAGCAGUGUGGUCAAGCAAAAGCUGGCAGAGGUGAUUCUAAAGAAGCAGCAGGCAGCCCUAGAGAGAACAGUCCACCCCAACAGCCCUAACAUCCCCUAUAGAACUCUCGAGCCCUUGGAGACAGAAGGGGCCACCCGCUCUAUGCUCAGCAGCUUUCUGCCUCCUGUCCCCAGCCUGCCCAGUGACCCCCCAGAGCACUUCCCCCUGCGCAAGACAGUCUCUGAGCCCAACCUGAAACUACGCUACAAGCCCAAGAAGUCCCUGGAGCGCAGGAAGAAUCCACUGCUCAGGAAGGAGAGCGCACCACCCAGCCUCCAGCGGCGGCCUGCAGAAACACUCGGAGACUCCUCCCCCAGUAGUAGCAGCACACCCGUGUCAGGGUGUAGCUCCCCUAAUGACAGCGAGCAUGGCCCUAACCCUGUCCUGGGUUCAGAGGCGCUCUUGGGCCAGCGGCUGCGGCUGCAGGAGACUCCUCUGGCCCCGUUCGCCUUGCCGACAGUGUCCUUGCUGCCCACAAUCACACUGGGGCUUCCCGCCCCUGCCAGGGCUGAUGGUGACCAUAGGACCCAUCCAACUCUGGGGCCUCGGGGGCCGGUCCUGGGGAGUACUCAUGCUCCCUUCUUCCUGCCCCAUGGCCUAGAGGCUGAGGCUGGGGGUGCCUUGCCCUCUCGCCUGCAGCCUAUUCUUCUCCUGGACCCCUCAGGCUCUCAUGCCCCGCUGCUGACUGUGCCCGGGCUUGGGCCCUUGCCCUUCCACGUUGCCCAGUCCAUAUUGACCAAGCGGCUCUCCGGGUCAGGCCUCCACUGGGCACUGAGCCGGACUUGCUCAGAGCCCCUGCCCCCCAGUGCCACGGCCCCUCCACCGCCAGGCCCCCUACAGGCCCGCUCAGAGCGGCUCAAACCUCACGUCCAACCGAUCAAGAGAUCGCCUAAGCCAAGUGAGAAAUCUCGACUGCGGCACAUACCCUCAGCUGAGGACCUAGAAACAGAUGGCGGAGCAGUGGGCCAGCUGCUGGGUGAUGGCCUGGAACACAGAGAGGUGGGCCAUGGGCAGCCUGAAGCCAGAGGCCCCGUUCUCCAGCAGCACCAGCAGGUAUUCCUUUGGGAACAGCAGCGACUGCCUGGGCGGCUCCCCCGGGGAGGCACUGGGGACUCUGUGCUGCUUCCUCUGGUCCAGGGCAGGCACCGGCCCGUGUCCAGGACCCAGUCUUCCCCAGCCGCGCCUGCCUCACUAUCAAACCCUGAGCCUACCAGCCAGGCCCACGUCUCCUCCAGCUCAGAGACCCCCGCCAGGACCCUGCGCUUCACCACAGGGCUGGUCUAUGACUCAGUAAUGCUGAAGCACCAGUGCUCCUGUGGAGACAACAGCAGGCACCCAGAGCAUGCUGGCCGCAUCCAGAGCAUCUGGUCCCGGCUGCAGGAGCAAGGGCUGCGGAGUCAGUGUGAGUGUCUCCGGGGCCGGAAGGCCUCCCUGGAGGAGCUACAGUCGGUCCACUCCGAGCGGCACGUUCUCCUCUAUGGCACCAACCCGCUCAGCCGCUUUAAACUGGACAACGAGAAGCUGGCAGGGAUCCUGGCAGAGCGGAUGUUUGUGAUGCUGCCCUGUGGUGGGGUUGGGGUGGAUACUGACACCAUCUGGAAUGAGCUGCAUUCCUCCAAUGCAGCCUGCUGGGCCGCUGGCAGUGUCACUGACCUCGCCUUCAAAGUGGCUUCCCGAAAGCUGAAGAACGGUUUUGCUGUGGUGCGGCCCCCAGGACACCACGCAGACCAUUCCACAGCCAUGGGGUUCUGCUUCUUCAACUCAGUGGCCGUCGCCUGUCGGCAGCUGCAACAGCAAAGCAAGGCCAGCAAGAUCCUCAUUGUAGACUGGGAUGUUCACCAUGGCAAUGGCACCCAGCAGACCUUCUACCAAGACUCCAGUGUGCUUUACAUCUCCCUGCAUCGCCAUGAUGAUGGCAACUUCUUCCCAGGCAGUGGGGCUGUGGAUGAGGUCGGGGCUGGAAACGGUGAGGGCUUCAAUGUCAAUGUGGCCUGGGCUGGAGGUCUGGACCCCCCCAUGGGGGAUCCUGAGUACCUGGCCGCCUUUAGGAUAGUCGUGAUGCCCAUUGCCCGAGAGUUCGCUCCAGACCUGGUCCUAGUGUCAGCUGGGUUUGAUGCUGCUGAGGGUCACCCAGCCCCUCUGGGUGGCUACCACGUUUCUGCCAAAUGUUUCGGGUACAUGACACAGCAGCUGAUGAACCUGGCAGGAGGUGCAGUGGUGCUGGCCUUAGAGGGUGGUCAUGACCUCACAGCUAUCUGUGAUGCCUCUGAGGCCUGCGUAGCUGCUCUGCUGGGCAAGAAGGUGGAUCCUCUUUCAGAAGAAGGCUGGAAACAGAAACCCAACCUCAAUGCUAUUCGAUCCUUGGAGGCCGUGAUCCGGGCACACAGUAAAUACUGGGGCUGCAUGCAGCGCCUGGCAUCCUGCCCAGACCCAUGGGUGCCCCGGAGGCCGGGGGCUGAUACAGAAGAAGUAGAGGCAGUGACUGCACUGGCAUCCCUCUCUGUGGGCAUUCUGGCUGAAGACAGGUCCUCAGAGCAGCUGGUGGAGGAGGAAGAACCUAUGAAUCUCUAAGGCUUCAGAAACAUCUGCUUGCCCACCCUGCCCUUCGAACCUGGUUUUCUUCUAAUCUCUGGCAACAGCCCCCAUUCCAGGGUCUUCAGAGAUCCUAAGGGCAGGUAGUCGGGGCCAGAGAACAGCCUGCCUGCCUUGACAGCCACCCCAAGGAGCCUGAGAGGGCCCCUGGGUGUAGGAUGGGAACCACAGGGGAUCCUGAGAGGAGUUUGGGCAGCCAGGCCCCAGCAGGGCUCUCUCAAGAACAGAUUCUACCCCUUUGGUGUCUGGGCCCCAAGUGGUGGCCUGCAUUCCUCAGGACUGCACAGAGCAAGACUGGCUCAGUUGGGCCCACACUUAACCACUAUAUUUGGUUCUGCAGACCCCAGACUUUGCACACAGCCCCAGGCUCUACACCGAAAUGUGAACUUGGCAUCAGCCAGGGUGGCCCUUCUGAGGCUCUGUGGGCUGGAGGUAGGCAGGGAGCCAAGAGGACCCCUAUCCCUGAGUGCAGGGGAUCCUUCCUCUCACCUGCUUCCUUGGAUGACUCUGGAACCUUCCCUGUAACACUGGGCACUGAGACAAAGCUCCCUGAGAGCAGUUUUUGGCAGACCUCCCUCUGCCUGCCCCCGCUGGAGGCCAUCCUGUAUUGACCAUCUCAGUGCCCUGGUGGAACAGACAGGUGCUUCUGGAGUCCUGUGCUUCCUGAUCCAAUGGUGCCAACCCUUCAUCUCCCCUCAGAAGCACAGCAUGACCCCCGGGUGCCCCUUAGUUGCUUCCUCCUUGUUUCUGGGGUCUCCCUCCAGCUCUGACUCCUGUCCCAUGUAGGAAUAGCCUGGCGGAGGGAAGGGAAGAGUGGACACAAGACAUGGGGAGGGGAGGCUGCCCUGGCAAAGUCCUCAAGGCUCUUGCGGUCCAGGCCUGAGACCAAGAAGGAAAGUGUUUGUGUGUGAAUGUGUGCGUGAGUGAGGAGUGUGUAUAGGCGUACGUGUCUUCCCCAGGACCCACCAUACCCUGUGUAUGUAUGCAUGUUUUUGUAAAAAAGGAAAAAAGAAAAAAAAAAUGGAAACAAUUUGAAUAAAUGUUUUAUUUGCUUUAAAAUUGUCU